AUGUCCAGCGAAAAGGACCUUUUCCCACACGCAGUCGCCGCUGUAGCUGCGACCGAGGCCAGUGUCGACGAAAAGUCGGAAGCGUCGGUUCAAUCUCCCAGCAGAGACUGGUCUGAGGCUGAAGAGAAGGCUAUCGUCAGGAAGCUAGACCUACUCAUUAUGCCUCUUCUCAUUGCUGGCUUCUUCGUCUUGCAGCUAGAUCGCGGCAACAUCGGCAACGCACUCACCGACUUCUUCCUGAAGGAAGUUGGAAUCACCCAGUUUCAGUUCAAUGUCGGCAAUCAACUCCUCAGCUUGGGAAUCGUUCUUCUCGAGCUACCCAGCAACCUCAUUCUCUAUCGUGUUGGGCCUCAAAAAUGGAUCAGCUGCCAGAUCAUUUGCUGGGGUCUGGUGGCCACCUUUCAAGCCUUUCAAAAGGGCAAGGGAGUCGGUGUCUACUACGUUACCAGGCUGCUACUGGGUCUUCUCGAGGCAGGAUUCAUUCCUGCUGGCCUGUACACCUUGACGCGGUGGUACAAGCGCAACGAGACCAGCCGUCGCUUCAUUGCCUUCUUUUUCGGAAACAUGUUUGCGUCGGCGGCAAGUGGCCUGAUCGCAUACGGCAUCCUUCAAAUGCGAGGUAUUGGUGGCUUAUCGGGGUGGCAAUGGAUGUUUUUGAUCGAAGGCAUGUUGACUAUUGUUGUCGGCAUAGUCUUUGGUCUUCUAAUGCCUAAUUCACCGGAUAACCCUUCAAACAUUCUUGGUCACCUGUACUUCACACCACGAGAGAUACAUAUCCUGACUCAACGGGUUACCAGGGACAAUCCUGCCGGUGAGGCCAAGAACAAAUACGUCAAGUGGACCGACAUCAAAGCUGCCUUUACUCGAUGGAACAUUUAUCCUCAAUUGACCGUGUCCUUCUGCGCCAUUGCCGUCAUAUCCCCCUUGGGAACAUACCAGCCUUCAAUCAUUGCAAGCUACGGCUACGAUCGCCUUCAGGCAAAUGCACUGGCGUCGGUUGGCAACUGGAUUGUCAUCGUGCUUAGUCUUUCAUUUGGUUGGAUUGCCGACAAGACUGGCAAGAGAGGUGGUCUGAUUUUCUUUGCAUCUGUGCUAAGUUUUGCAUUUUGUCUUGCGACCAGACAACUUGCUACCAGUACCAAUCGCGAUCUCAAGUACGGAAUCCUCAUCUGCAGUGCUCUUUGGGGAUCUAUAAUACAUCCGCUCAACGGCUCCUGGUUAGCCGUCAACAUUCGCAGCCCUGCAGAGCGCUCCAUCACCAUGGCUCUACUAAUCAUGACUGUGAACACCGCCGGCCUUGCCGGUGCUCAAGUCUUCCAAGCACAUGAUGCUCCGCUAUACAGAACUGGAUUCACCGUCAUCCUUAGCUUAGCCUCGAUUGGACUGAUUUUCGCAGCGGUGUCUAAUGCACAGUAUUUGUGGCUGAACAAGAGGUUGCAACGCAAGGAGACCAGCGAGCAGGAAGCCCGAGAAGGGGGAAAUAUGGGACAAGGCUGGCGGUACUCUCUGUAG